AGGCCCAGGCAGCACAUUUCCAGAUGUCCAUCCGAGCAAUUGUUCCACCAAGAGGCAUGCAAGUGAAGAUGACUUGAGGAAGCGGCUGAAAUCCCAGGGGUCACCAGUACUGUCGACCGGAGGUGCUUUGCGCGGCACUUCCUCUUCUGACUACAUCCAAGAGCCAAAGUUCUAUCAGUCCGGACAUCCUGGGCAAAAGACAUCGGUGUGCCUGGCAGAGAAAGCCUUGCCGUAUAGCAUGCUCAGCUUCCCAGAAGGUUCUUGCACUGUGUUAAGUCAAGAGCACAAGUCUAGUUCCUUGCACCAAACAGAGGCGUCCGAGAGGUACAAAAGCCUCCAUACCCAGAGCAGCGUCAAGUCUGAAGACUUGCUGGCAUCCAGUGUUCCUGCCUGCCCUGCUGACGUUCAAGACUUGGAGGAAACCACCACACAGGACCGAGCUGCCAAAACUUUCUCCAAUGCCACCUUGGCCUCGGGGAGGUGUAACAUCGAUAGCAUCAUCUCCCUGUUGAAAAGCAAGUGUGGCAACGGCAGAAUCAACCUCUACCCUGUGGUGCAGCUCAUAGACAUUAUGAAGGACAUUGACCGACUCUCCCAGGACUUGAAGAGCUGUGGCGUUCACUUAGACUGCAGUGGCUUGCAAUUUGAUAGCCAUCUGCCACUUAGUGAGGAAGGCCGAGGACAAGGUCUUCAUUAUAGCUUCUACUCCUCCCCCAUGCUGGCCAACAGCAUCCGCAGUCCCGAGGAGCUGGCAGUGCAAAGCAGCACCAAAGUGGAGCUCCUCAAACAGACUCAACCUAGCCAUUAUGCGGGAGAAACGGAAGGGGACACUCGAGGUGCCCAGGACCAAAUCAGCCAGAGUAGUCCUGUUCUGAAGGCCCCUAGUAGCCUUGACGAAGCUAGCAGCUCAGAGUCUGAGACGAAUGAUUAUCCUGAACUAACCAAUACAGAUAUCCUGAGCGAAUUGGCUUCUCUGGCAUGUCCUGGACCUCAGUUAUUAGAUCAGCAUUCGGAAUCCCACCAUCAGCUGCUAGAAAGCCAAGAGGCUGAGUCAAGGUCACAGUUAAUUGGCUCACAGUCUCUAGAACACCAACCCCAGCUAGUAGAUUCUAAGUCUCUGGAGCCACCUCCAGAACCGUUGGCCCUGCAGACAGUGGAUCCCUUGCCUGCACCACUGGGGCUGCAGCCUCUAGAACCUCUGGAGCUUCAGAAUUUAGAGCCUCUUUCUGAGACACUAUCUCUCCAAUCCCUAGAACCCCUUUCUGAGCCUCUGGGGCUCCAGUCUUUAGGGACCCUGGACCACCAGUUGCUUGAUUCCCAGUCCCAGCUCCUGGAUGCAGAGGCCCAGCUGCUUUCCCCUUUGCCCAAGUUGCUAGACUCUCAGCCCCAUCUGGGAAGACAGGAGUCUUCAGGAGAACACCCGCUACAACCUGGAGGCCGCCUUGGAGGCUGCUCCUUAAGAGGAGUAGUAAGGCGAGGGGCUGGGCGGGGAAGGGAUGAUCACAGGAAAUAUGCUCUACGGAGAACAGAUAAACCAAAGAUACUCUGUCGGCGGCGUCGGGGAGGCCGAGGGCAGCGAACAGAGAUUGUCACUGACAGGCAAGUCCUCCCCAUGGCUGUACCAAUGGAGGUGGUCAUGGCACGGCCAGAAGAAGCCAGGAUGGCAGUGACCACCAUUACAGCAAAUGAAGUAGCAGAUCCCAUUGUUUCCCCUUUGGAGUCAGAAGAUGGCCAGAAGGCUACUGCCCUCCUGAAUCCCCCAAAGCCCAAAUGCCGUGGCAUCCGUCGGAUGGUGGUCAAGAUGGCCAAGAUUCCCGUCUCUCUUGGGAGGAGGAACAAGACAACGUACAAAGUGUCCUCCCUCAACAGUAGCUUGAAUGUAGAGGGCAAAGAGGUUGCCAUCUCCCAUUCUCUAGAGCCCACCCCACUGCUGAAGAUGAAAAACAAUGGCCGGAAUGUGGUGGUGGUUUUUCCUCCAGGAGAAAUGCCCAUCAUCCUGAAGCGCAAGAGGGGAAGGCCUCCCAAAAACCUGAUGCUUGGGCCCUGCAAACCUAAGGAGCCUGCCCCAGAAGUGAAGAAACGGAGGCGGAGGAAACAGAAAUUGGCUUCCCCACAGCCCUCUUAUGUUGCAGACACCAAUGACAGUAAAGCGGACUAUUCAGAUGUCCUGGCCAAGCUAGCCUUUCUCAACCGCCAGAGCCAGUGCUCCGCUCGUUGCUCCCCACCCCGCUGCUGGACCCCAACUGAGCCUGACUCCAUCCACCAGGCUCCUGACACUCAGAGCAUCUCCCACUUUUUGCACCGAGUACAAGGCUUCCGCAGACGAGGCGGCAAAGGAGGCGGGUUUGGGCGUGGAGGGAGCCACUCCGCCCGUUCCUCCCGUUGCUCCUUCAGCGAUUUCUUCGAAGGCAUUGGCAAAAAGAAGAAGGGGGUUCUGGGGACGGCCAUGCAUGUCGACCCAACUCAUCCCCGGAAAAGAGGCCGUCCAGAGCCGGACUCCAUGGAGAAGCCCAAAAGAAAGAGGCGAUCUCGCAAAAAUGGGGUCUUGUUUCCUGAGCAGAACCCUAACCAGAACUUCAGUGAUGGGUCCUCAGAAUGGUGUGGAGAAAAAGAAAGUCUUUGGAUGUCCCACCAAGGACACCUUUCCAGUCAAGCCAAUAGGAAUUGCAGCUACCAAGGCAGCGAUUCCCGAACCUUCCACUCCUCAACCGUGGAGUCAAGUUCCUCAAGCCGAACUGGUUUUUAUGGGGGGAGCAAUCCAUCAUCCCAGUCUGAACUCAGUCAGGAAAGGCAGAGCCUUUUCACGGGCUAUUUCCGUUCCCUGUUGGAUUCCGAUGACUCCUCUGACCUGUUGGAUUUUGCCCUCUCCAACUCUCGCUCUGCUUCACGGAAAUCCUCCACCACAUAUACAGCCCCACCCAAUGCUAUUGCAACCCAGAGAGGCAUGGCGUCUUACUCAAGCCGGGGUGGGAAAGCCACACCCUCUUCCACCACCACAACUGCCCCGAGCGAGGUGCCCUUCCACACAGUCAGCCGGCAGUCAUUCCCUCCCAACCGAGCAACAGGUUACAACCUGUCCCAGGCUGCUUCGGAGUGCCGUGACCCAGAUGCCUUCCAGAAGCUGGCAUCUCUCUCGGCUGUCUCCAGGUCUCCCACUACUCACUCCACCACAGCCUCCAACUAUGCACAAUAUGGCAACUAUGGCAGUACCGGAGGACAAAGUGUGACUCCUGCCAGCUUGUUUCAGCAAGGGAAGUCCUACCACGCCACCCAAGACUGUCCCAACAACAAGGACUGCAGCUUCACCUACAGCGGUGGCAAUAGCCUGCCUUCCUCCCCAAGCAGUGCCCACAGUGUCAGCUACACCCAGCAGACUACAGGGCCCAGCAUGUCCCUGAGUAAGCCCUCUUUCUUCAACAGCUCUGAUCCCAGCCAGUUCUCCAGCUCCUCUCACACCCCCAUGAGGUGUGACAGCCGGGCAAGCACUGUAUCGCCAGGGGGUUACAUGGUCCCUAAGAGUUCAAUCCCCUUCCAGCCCUCACCAGAGAACUGUAGGCAGUUCCCUAGUGCCUCUCAAUGGGCUUUCCGGCAAAGCUACGGUCUGGACUGGAACUCUGAGUCCUUCAGUCAACUCUACAACCCGGGCUUUGACUGCCACAUCAAUGAACCCAACGUCAUCCUAGACAUCUCCAACUAUACACCCCAGAAGGCCAAGCAGCAGACAGUCUCUGAGACCUUCUCCGAAUCCUCCUCCGACAGUACCCAGUUCAACCAGCCAUCCGGCUACAGGAGGGCCAACAGUGAGGCUUCGUCUAGUGAAGGGCAGUCCAGCCUCUCAAGCUUGGAGAAGCUGAUGAUGGACUGGAAUGAGUCUUCUUCAGCCCCGGGUUAUAACUGGAACCAGAGUGUUUUAUUCCACAGCAACUCCAAGCCAGGACGGGGCAGGCGAAAGAAAGUGGACAUAUUUGACACUGCCCAUCUCAGUUUCUCCACGGGGGGCUACCCUUCCAAGCGAGGGACCGGUGCUCGGCAGCCACGGGGUUCCCGAGGUGCCUGUGCCUCCAAAAAAGAAAGAGGCACAGGCAAAGCAAAGUUCCCCACCAAAUCCCAGCCGGUGAACCCGCUGUUUCAAGACAGCACAGAUUUGGGACUAGACUACUACAGCGGGGACAGCAGCAUGUCCCCGUUGCCUUCACAAUCCCGGAGCUUUGGGCUCAGCGAACGCGAUCCUUGUGACUACACCGGGCCCUACUCCAUGAAUCCUUCCACGCCUUCGGACGGCACCUUUGGGCAAGGGUUCCAGAGUGACUCCCCCAGCCUGGGGCAGACGGACUUGGAGAGCAAGCAUUUCCCCACCCUGCCCCACCAGCUGGCUGCCCCUCAGCAGGCGGUGUUCGAAGCCAGCUUGCAGAAAGCUUUCUCGCCCAACUGCUCCCCCACCCUGGCCUUCAAAGAGGACUUGCGGCCCAGUGACCUCCGGAAGCUUCCGGCCUGCGACUCGCUCAAACACGGCCUCGCCGGGGUGGCCGGCUUGCCCCACUCGGCCACCCACAUGGCCUGCCGGGACCUCUCCAUGUCUCAGCCGCACUAUGAUUCUCCCAGCUGUAAAAACCCCAGCUAUUGGUAUUCGCCCACUGCCAGCACCCGCAGCCCUCCCUAUGACAACAAAGCCGGCGUGGGCAUGCUGGUAGACUUCAUGGGGAGGAGCCCCGAGGCUUCCUGCCUCAACCCCCAUUUGACCAGCCCCGCCAGCAGCAACCCUUCCAAGAGCGAGAAGGAGCCCAUGGACAUGGCAAGGGCUCAUCACCGAGGAGCCUAUAUUUGCCCCUUGAUGAAUGACUUAAAUAUCUCCCCGGUCCCAAGAGACUCGAUGCUGCCGCUGCAGGACAACUAUAGGUACCCCAGCUUUGCACCCCAAGGGCACCCAAUCAUGACCGCACCCCAGAAGAGCGGGUUUUUGGGUCCAAUGCUAGAACAGCAUCCCGAGGACACAUUCACAGUCACCUCCUUGUAGUGUCAUCUGAAGUGCCAACCAGACACGAGGUUUUGUUUCAGGAGCUACUUUAGCAGCACUUUUCUCUGGAACACUUUUCAAGUUCUGUAUUUAAUGGAAGUCAAAAACAAAACAAAACCCCCACCACCACACACGCACACACUCACAUGCACACACGUAUGACACAAAAAAAACCACCUCCUUUUUGUUUGUUCGCUCAUUUCUCGGUUGGUUCAUUUGUUUUUUUUUUUUCUAAGAAAACAAAACAAAACACACAAAAAAAGAAAAGAGAAAAAGAAAGAAAAGAAGGAGGGGAAAGGAGACAGAGGCGAACACCCUCCCCCCAUAUCCCUUUCUUUAAUAACAAAGACGGAAAGUGGGGGAAAAAGAAAAUAUGAUGGGGGGAAAAAUCAAUCAACUUGCUUUCUUUGAUUACGGCACCGGGAAGCAGGGGGUCAUUUUUUGAAGCAGACUUUCGGGAGCUCUCUCAACCUCUACAGCCCAGCAAAAAGACAAUCGGAAAACCUUGCAGAUGAUGCCCAAGUCAAGUGGCCGACUGGAGGCCGCCAUGCCUCUCACUACCCACCCACCCAUCCACCCGCAGCAUGCAGACGAGAAACACUCCAGAAGGCAACGGACAGAAACCAAGGACAGCCAGAGGGAAGGGGACAUUCAUUUUUGCUUCUUCUUCUUCUUUUUUUUUAAAAAAAUGGUGGGGCGGAAGGUAUUGGGGAGGGAGAACUCUAUGAUCUUUGAACGCCAAUGAAAACUCAUCAAGGAAGACUGAAGAUGGAGCAUUCUCUUCCUUCGUCACCACUUCCUCCUUUCCCUUAAGCCUCCCUCCUUUUUUUUUCCAGAUUUCUUUAUUAUUUUUUUUCUUCCCAGUGGUUGGUUGGUUGGUUUGCCUUUUUUUUUUUUUACAAAAAAAGGAAAAGAAAAAAAAACUUUGUUGCUUAAUUUCUUUGGGAAACCCGGAAGAUUUUUACAAGUCUAUGAAUCAAUCUCGGAGACCACCACCUACUCCCAUUUCUGUUACCCAAAGGAAGAAGAUCCCUGUCUUCUCACCACCCUUGUUAUAAGCAUGCAACACACCGGCUCCUUGUGACCUGUUACUUUGUUGGAAUGGGAUGGGAGACGAGAGAUCUACCAGCGAAGAUCACCACCACCACCACCACCGACCAAGAGAUUCCAGCAAGACCACGGAAGACUUGCAUCGCCUUUUGGGGCACUCUCCCCACACUACUCUCUGUGUGGCCCCCGCUCCUCUGUUACUGCUCCUCUCUGCCCCCUUAGUGCCAGAUGGAUCUGACUGGGAGAAGCUCGCAAGCAUGUCUUCUCCAUCGGAAGGAAGGAGGGGAGGGAGGGUUGAGGGAAACGGGCCUUUUCUAUCUGCACAAAACCAGCAAUUGUAAAUACUUUUCAAAAAUGUAAAAAAGAAAAGAAAAAUUACAAAAGAGCAAACACCACCAAGAUGUAUCCUCCCAUUCAUACACACACGCACACACACAUACAUUCAAAAUCUGAAAUGUUUUGAAGACAAAUAAUAAUAAUAAUAAUAAUGGAGAAGAAGAAGGAAAAAAAAAAAAGGCGGCCAGAGAGUCAAAGCAGGAGAGAAGCUAAUUGUGUCGGAUAUGCACUGAGAAAUCUUAUUUGCAGAUUGACAAAAAAAAAAAGUAACAAGAACCUAUUUAUUGUAUAUAAUGUUUUAUUAUAAAUCGUGAAUUGUAUAUUG